ACGGUCAGAGAGGGUUAUUGUUUUGCUGAUCUAAAGAAAGAUUAACUCUCGGGAGCAGAAAAUGGAUUGCACAGCAGAGUUUCUGGCUCACCAGCAGGCCGUGCACCGGGAGGCUCAGCGCAUAGCAUCCAUUUCAGCAUUCAAACUGUUUCGCACCCGUACUCAGCGAGGAGGUAUGCGGCUGCACCGCUCUCUACAGCUGGCUCUGGUGAUGCGCAGCGCCCGGGAGCUCAUUCUGUCCUCCGCACAAGUUCCCGAGCAACAGGUCGUCUCUCCGCCACCUUCUCCCCCUAGGGAGAGCCGUAAGAGAAGAAGCUGCGGGCCUAUAACUGCAGAUCUAGUACCCAGCAAGAAAGCUUGUCUAGGCCAAGAGACCCCUGAGCCGCAACCACAAGGGGGUCCCUUCCCCGGCUUGGCUGAAGUUUUGCAGAGACUACUAAGCUCCGGGCCGCCCCCUAUGCCUGGAGGCUGCGGAUCUACAGUAAAUGGACACCUUCCUGUUGUUAAUACGAGGCCAGUCGAAGCCUUCUAACCCUUGAUAAGGAAACAAGAGGAGCAAGUUGCCAGCAUAUGGGCCAUAAACAAGCCCCAUGAGGCUACGAGGCUGUCACCACGUAUGGCGGCGCUCUCACAGGCGCAGUGUCCCGGGACACUGACUGCAAAGAAGGGGGGCAGAGCCACCCUCCAUCUUCAAGCAGGGGAAGAAUCGUAGAGAGUCACAGAAUCGCAUUCACAAAGCAGACUAGCCAGUUCCACAUAUCUGGUGAUUCAGAAGUGACUCAUCCGCAAGGCAUGGACAACAUGGCUGUCUGGAGAUUCCAGGAGACCUUACAGACUCUGGUUAAAUAGUUCUGUGUUGUGCAUCGCUGUUUGUGUACGACCAGGAGACGUUCAAAGUGUCGAGAGAGAAAAAAGACUAAGUUGGUUAAUUCGCUGUUCCAGUUGUAGGAAACUUUUUAUGGACUUUAUUUGUUAAAGAAUAAGCAACCAAUGACUCAAAUUAACAGGAAGUACACUCAUGUAGAUGUCACGCUGAGGAAAUGAUUUGCUAGAACAUUUGUGUACUUUUUAAUGACCUGUUAUGAAACUCAGUACUUUCUAUUACAGUAGACUGGGACAGAAAUGUGAAUAUUGUAACAAUGUUUAAUAAAAGCUAUUUUAUAGAA